UACCCGAAGCGUCAUGGAAACCCACCGUGAACGUCAUUUGUACAAAUAACAAAUCCGAUUACUCAAAUCGGCAGUUUCCAUUUUCUCUCAAAAUUAUCGAAGCAGUCACCCGAUUUUGACUCUUUUAUUUUUCUACAAUCUCAGCGACUAAUACGAAUUACGGUUUCAAUCGGGUUUUCUGUAAGCACAACUUCUCAAAUCUACUUGUUCAAUGGCGUCCAGUUCUAACAGAGGUGGUGGCUUCUAUGGUGCUGCUCCAUAUAGAUCAAGAGAAGGGCUUAGCACCAGACAAGGGGCUGGUUCUGAUGAAAUCCAACUACGCAUUGAUCCAAUGCAUGCUGACCUGGAUGAUGAGAUCGGUGGCCUCCGAAAGCAAGUUAGACAGCUAAAGAAUGUAGCCUCUGAGAUCGAGUCAGAAGCUAAAUUUCAGAAUGAGUUUAUCAAUCAGCUGCAAAUGACACUUAUAAAAGCUCAAGCAGGAGUGAAGAACAACAUGAGGAAAUUAAACAAGAGUAUUAUACAGUCUGGUUCAAGCCAUGUUUUGCAUGUUGUACUCUUUGCCCUUUUUUGUCUCUUUUUGGUUUACAUGUGGUCCAAGUUUUCGAGAAGAUGAGGUAAGCUUUACUCCAUAAGCCAAAUAAUUUUUUAACAGAAGAGAAAAAUAGGGUUUGUGAGACGCUCGCAAAUACUACCGUAAAGAUGGUGUAUCUUUGCAUGUGAAGAUUGUGUAUUUUGUGAAACUAUACAAAGUGAGAUGUCUUUUCUAUAUUUGAGAAUGAUGUGUGUGGCUAGUAGCUUGUAUUUAUGCAUAGCCAAGCCCGGGCUUGCUGAAAAGCUUAGUUUGGGCCCAGUCAAAGCUCGGGCUUGGUUGAUUUUAUGAGCUUAAA